GAGUAACGUGACAUCAGCAAGCCUGAAUUUAGGCGAAGUUCUUCACCUGCGGGGUAAGGGUUGAGGGAAAAUGCGAUUAAGUUCACUAAAGGUGAAUAGGUUGUACCUGGCGAGACUGUGGAGAGAUGCAAACCAGGCUAAGAUUGCACGGUUUGGAAAUGCAGCGUGCAGACUUGGCCUGAGUCCCAGGGCAGGAAUCGCCGAAAGGCUCAGGCUGCAGCAGCAGUUUGAGGGCUCUUGGACUGGCUUCAAGGCUGCUUUAAUUCGAUCACUUGAACUUCGCCAGCUCUUCCAAAUCGCGGAGGCACGGCGAGGAUUUCACUGCUCUGCCAGUUGCCGGGCUGUCGAUCUCCAGGCAAGUUACGAGAAUGCAUUUCGCCAAUCUAUCGAGGAACCAGAAAAGUUCUGGAGCGAAUGCGCCCAAGAGAUCUCGUGGUUCAAACCAUGGCAAAAAACUCUGGAUCUUUCAAAUCCACCUUUUGUACGCUGGUUUGUUGAUGGUGAACUUAAUGUGUGCUAUAAUGCACUAGACCGUCAUGUUGAAAAUGGACUGGGAGAUCAAAUUGCCAUCAUUCAUGACAGUCCUGUUACUGACACCAAACAAUCCAUCACCUACAAGGAAGCUUUGGAACAGGUUUCACGGUUGGCUGCUGUCCUUGUCAAACAUGGAAUCCAGAAGAAUGAUCGUGUUGCUAUUUAUAUGCCAAUGAUCCCACAAGCGAUAUACACAAUGUUGGCUUGUGCUAGAAUUGGAGCCAUACACAGUUUGAUAUUUGGUGGCUUUGCAUCAAAGGAGCUCUCUACCCGCAUUAACCAUGCAAAGCCAAAACUGAUUGUGACAUCGUCAUUUGGAAUUGAGCCAGGGAGAAUAGUGGAGUAUGUACCGUUGCUGGAAAAAGCUUUGGAAAGUGCCCAACACAAGCCAGAUAAAGUAAUAAUUUACAAUAGACGUAACAUGGAAAGAGUUCAUUUGACUUCUGGUCAUGGGUUAGACUGGGAUGAAGAGGUUUCUGCUGCUCAGUAUCACGACUGUGUCCCAGUGUCUUCAGAGCAUCCGUUGUAUAUCCUCUAUACAUCUGGGACGACAGGAAUGCCAAAGGGAGUCGUGCGUGCCUCUGGUGGUUAUGCGGUGAUGCUAAACUGGACUAUGUCAAAAGUGUAUGGUCUCAAGCCUGGUGAGGUCUGGUGGGCAGCUUCAGAUCUAGGCUGGGUAGUAGGACAUUCCUAUAUUUGCUAUGGACCGCUCCUUCACGGCAAUACAACCAUUUUGUAUGAGGGCAAGCCCGUUGGGACCCCAAAUGCUGGAGCAUAUUUUCGUUUACUGUCAGAACAUGGAGUAGUAGCUAUGUUCACUGCACCAACUGCAUUGAGAGCUAUUCGCCAGCAAGAUUUUGAAGCAGUACUUGGAAGACAGUACCAUUUUCCAAGGUUCAGGACUUUGUUCGUUGCUGGGGAACAUUGUGAUGCAAGCACUUUGGAAUGGGCCAAGCAAAUCUUCAAAGUUGCUGUCCUAGACCACUGGUGGCAAACAGAAACUGGAUCUCCAAUAAGUGCAUCGUGUGUAGGCCUGGGAAACUCUCUAAAUCCCCCCAUAGGACAAGCUGGGAAACCUGUACCAGGAUAUAAUGUUACGAUUCUGGGCGAUGACCGGAAGGAAAUGAGCUGCAACAGUCUGGGGACUAUUGUGGUUAAGUUACCUUUGCCUCCAGGUGCAUUGACUACACUUUGGGAAAAUGAAAAACUGUUCAAAGAGCUUUACUUCACUAAAUACCCAGGUUACUAUGAUACCAUGGAUGCUGGCUAUAUGGAUAAUGAUGGAUAUUUGUAUGUCAUGUCACGAAUGGAUGAUGUAAUCAAUGUGGCAGGUCACAGGAUUUCAGCUGGUGCUAUUGAAGAGGCCAUCAUCACCCAUCCAACUGUAGCAGACUGUGCUGUGGUAGGCCUCAGGGACUCUGUGAAGGGACAUGUUCCGCUAGCUUUAUGUGUUUUAAGGAAUGGUGUGGCUGAGAAAUUUGAAGAGCUCACAGAAGAGAUUGUUAAAAUUGUUCGGGACACCAUUGGUCCAGUUGCUGCAUUUAGGAAAGUGGUUUUUGUGCCAGUGUUACCAAAGACUCGUUCUGGCAAGAUACCUCGUUCUACACUUUCAGCAGCUGUAAAUGGCAUGCCUUACUCAGUAACACCAACCAUUGAAGACGCUCAUGUUUUCUUGGAAAUUGAAGGAAUUCUGAAGCAGAACAAAAUUAUACCUUAACAUUCAGUGCCAUAUCAUGAAUUAUAAUCACUUUUCUUCCUGGUGAUCAACUGUGCUCUGUCCAUGUUGAGCAUACCCCUGAAUCUAAUAUAGAAGCUCCAAAUCUUAAUUUCUGCCUAUAUUUUCAACUUUAUAGCACAUAACAUAAAUGUUUAUGCCUGUAAUUGUGCAACGUUGAAAGGGUCAAAUACAAUAUAUGUUUUAUCUAUAACGUUGCGAAUUUAAGCCGUGUUUAAAGUAUUUUAGUUUUUGGCUUUCUUCCAGGUUUGAUCUAUACUGUAAAUAAAAGGUCACAUAUCUCAUGAA